AUGGAGGAGGAGGGCGCAGUCGGCGAAUCGGAGGAGGAGGAGGAGGGCGCAGUCGUCGACGUUGGCGUGUCUGACUCAGAGGAGGAGUUGGAGGUGCUCCAGCAACCUAACCUGAUCCAGAAGGUCGCCGACGUUGUCAGGCUCUCAACCGACCAGCGCGAGUCGCGCGCACGGCUGGGUGAUGCGCGGGCCGCCGCCGCCGACGGCAGCAACGACAGCAGCAGCGGUGGCGAUGGUGCCGAGGCACCAAGCGCGGUGGUGGCAGGCUCAGCCCUGGCGGCCUCGGCGGUCAUAUUUGAGGGGGUGCAGGUGGCGGGGACGACGCUGCUCUUCCUUCUCGCGCAGCGCUGGACCGGCGCACAGAGUCCGGUCGAGGUGGUGACCUUGCUUGUCGACUACCUGCGAGAUCUCGGCGACACGGGCUACGCCGCCUUCGCCGCCAUGAUGGUCACUUUCCAGGUCAUCCCGGUCGCCGCCGCUUUUGUGCUGACCGUGUCGGCGGGUGCCAUCUUCGGGGCCACCAAGGGGACCGCCCUCGUCCUCUCCUGCUCCACCAUCUCCGCCACCAUCUCCUUCCUCCUCGCGCGCCUCUUCGGGCGAUCACUCGUGCUGGACGCGGCGCGCGAGUCGCCGACUUUUCAGGCGAUCGACGCGGCCUUUGCCAACGUCGGCUUCGCCAAGGCUUUCACACUCAUCUUCCUACUGCGUCUCUCACCCAUUUUGCCCUUCUCGUGGGCAAACUACGUCUUCGGCCUCUCCCCUGUCCCAUGGGCCGCCUUCUCCCUCGGCACACUCACCGGCUGCCUGCCCGCCGUCGCCGCCUACGUCACCUCCGGCGAGCUCGGCGCCUCGAUCGCCGUCGACGGCGGCGACACCAACCCCUGGUUGCUCGCCGUCGGCAUCGCCGCCACUAUCAGCGCCAUCAGCGUCGCCGGCAACAUCGCGAGCGACGCGCUACGUGAGGAGGGGCUCGACUUUGACUUGGAAGGGGAGAGCAAGGCGAGGAGCUGA